AUGAAUUACUCGCCCAUCCUUUCAUUACUGUUUGUGCAGAGGACGUUAUCGCUAGCACUCGGUGAGGUAUCCAUCAUUUUUGCCUGCGAGGAUUGCCCUAAAUGCAGUGUGAUAUUGCCGGAUUCGUUUGAGAUCCCAAUCGGUACCAAGAUCCAUUCCAUUUUCAUUCUUGGGCAAUGGGCCCCACACAAUCGCGCGAGGAGCGAUAUUCCGAUAUACUAUCUGGAGGCGAAGCAGAAGAUCACGAUGCCGCUAAAGAAUUGUCGGUUGUUGCUGUCGAAUACCAGUAGAUUUGACGGUAUGCUGGCGGGCAGUGUGGCGGCUCCAUUAAUCGUCUUUUUAUCGGUGCUCUUACUGCUGCUAAUCAUGCGAUACUGUUGUUGUAAGCCAAUGCCGAAAUUGGAUAAUAAUUAUUCGAGCUCGUAUGCGUGGGAA